AUGCCAUCUUUCAUAGGAAUUCCCUCCUUUUGCCUUCAAGAUGGUCCUUUAGGUGUAAGGUUCACCGAUUUUGUCACAGACUUCCCAUCUGGACUAGCGGCUGGUUCUACAUUCAGCAGAGGGUUGAUGUAUCUGCGUGGAAAAGCCAUCGCUCUGGAGCACAAGAGAAAGGGAGUAAACGUAGUGCUUGGGCCAGUUGUUGGUCCAAUUGGACUGAAAGCAGCGGGUGGUCGAAACUGGGAAGGGUUCGGUGCUGAUCCGUACUUGCAAGGUGUUGGCGGUAGUCUGACAGUACAAGGAAUUCAAGAUCAAGGCCUGGUAGCCACUGUAAAACACUUGAUUGGAAAUGAACAGGAGAUAUUCCGCCAAGUCGGUGAAUGGGAAGACACAGAAUGGGGCGGAUGCCUUAAGGAGUCCAUCAGCUCGAACAUCGGGGAUCGUGCAAUGCAUGAGGUCUACCUUUGGCCAUUUGCAGAUUGUGUCCAUGCAGGAGUUGGAUCUGUUAUGUGUUCUUAUAAUAGGGUCAACAACACAUAUGCAUGCGAAAACUCGGCACUGUUGAAUAAACUGCUCAAAAGUGAGCUCGGAUUUCAAGGCUGGGUCAUGUCGGACUGGGGCGCCCAACAUACUGGAGUCUAUUCUUGUCUCGCAGGUCUAGACAUGUCGAUGCCCGGAGAAAUCAUCAAUGACUGGUGCUCUGGGAAAACUUACUGGGGACCUUUGCUUACCAGAGCUGUUUAUAACCAAACAGUUUCACAAGAAAGGUUGAGUGAUAUGGCCACACGUAUUUUGGCUUCAUUUUUCAUGGUUGGUGGUGGAAAGCUGCCAUGCGAGGAUUCAGAACCCAACUUCUCUUCCUGGACUUAUCAUACUUACUCCCAACAGUACAUUUAUCAGCAUUAUGGCCCCAUUAUCCAGGUCAACUGGCAUAUCGACGCUCGUACUUCUUUCACCGAACAAACUGCCUUGAAAGUUGCCAAAGAAUCGAUAGUCUUGUUACGAAACACAGACAGUCAUCUGCCUAUCAAUUAUGAAGACGGAGUCCGUCGUAUACUCAUUGCAGGAAUUGCUUCUGGGCCAGAUCCCAACGGUUUCAACUGCAAAGACCAGAGAUGUGUUAAUGGAGCAAUGACUUCGGGCUGGGGAUCAGGAUCAGUGAACAAUCCUUACGUCAUUACACCGUAUGAAGCAGUCGCACAAAGAGCAAGAAAACAAAAAAUGGUAGUUGACUUCAGCUCUGAAUCUUAUGAUCUGAGAGAGGUCCAGAACCAGGCAGAUUAUGCUGAUGUUGCAAUAGUCUUCGUUACAGCAGUUUCUGGGGAGGGUUUCAUAGAAGUGGACGAGAACUACGGUGAUCGCAAAAACGUCUCUCUGUGGCAUAAUGCUGAUGAACUGAUCAACAAGAUUGCCGACAGAUGCCGCAGGACAAUUGUGGUGAUUAACUCUGUGGGGCCUGUCGAUAUUGAUGAGUGGAUAAACCAUGACAACGUUGUUGGAGUCUUAUGGGCGGCACCUCUUGGGCAGUUUGUUGGUGAAGCACUCGCCUCUAUCAUAUUUGGAGAAGAGAACCCAUCUGGACGUUUGCCAUUCACAAUUGCUAAGAAGACAGAUCAUUAUGUUCCAAUAUUGACUGACCCAGGUGAAGAUGGUGAACCUCAAGACACCUUUGAUCACGAUAUCUAUCUCGACUACAAGUUCUUCGACAAGCACAACAUCAAUCCAUACUUCGAGUUUGGAUUCGGUCUAUCUUAUUCAAGCUUCAAACUCGGAGACCUGGAAGUUAGCGAGGUGAAAUGUCCAUCUGAGUAUCUUCCGCGUCCGGCUCCUUACCUAGAGCCCGUCAAGAUGUGUGGUGACGAUAUCUGUGACCCUGUUGAUGCCUUGUUUCCUUACGAGUCUUUCAACGCCGUACCAGGUUUUAUUUACCCAUACUUGUUUGAUCAAGACAUUUAUUCUUCUGAUAGUUUUGAAUAUCCGAAGAACUAUAUCCCAGAUCAACCUUCUGAGCCACCUAUUGCAGGCGGCGGCCUUGGAGGUAACCCUGCGCUGUGGGAAACCCUCUAUAAAGUCACCGCUGAGGUUUACAACAAAGGCGAUCUAAGCGGCUCUUUCGUCGCACAACUCUACAUUGAGUUCCCAUGCACUGCUGUCGCAUCACCUUCCAAGCAGCUUCGUGGGUUUGAGAAGAUCUUCCUGGAAUCAGGAGCUAGCGGAACCGUUUGCUUCGAGAUCUUACAUCGUGAUCUUUCGUACUGGGAUACCCAUUCGCAAGAAUGGGUAAUUCAAGAGGGAACGUAUAAGAUCUACGUCGGCUCCAGCAGCCGCAAGCUGGACUUGGUUGGUGAGAUUGAUAUCCAGACCGAGGAGGACAAGGGUUAG